GCCGGCCACGCGGAGCCUGCGUGCCUCGCUUGGUGGAAGGCCGACCCGCGCCUCUAGCUUGCUUUGCUGCAGGAUUCUUCUUCUGGAAGCUAUUAUCAUGUCUUUGUAUGAGGACAUGUUGCUUUGCAACUAUCGAAAAUGUCGUCUCAAGCUUUCUGGCUAUGCUUGGGUUACUGCCUGCUCUCACAUCUUCUGUGACCAGCAUGGCAGUGGUGAAUUCAGCCGUUCACCAGCUAUCUGCCCUGCCUGCAACAGUACCCUUUCUGGAAAGCUAGAUAUUGUCCGUACCGAACUCAGCCCGUCAGAGGAAUAUAAAGCUAUGGUAUUGGCAGGGCUUCGACCAGAGAUUGUUUUGGACAUUAGCUCCCGAGCAUUGGCCUUCUGGACAUACCAGGUACACCAGGAACGUCUCUAUCAAGAAUAUAAUUUCAGCAAGGCUGAGAGCCAUCUGAAACAGAUGGAAAAGAUAUAUACACAGCAAAUACAGAGCAAGGAUGUAGAAUUGACCUCUAUGAAAGGAGAGGUCACGUCCAUGAAGAAAGUUCUAGAAGAAUACAAGAAAAAGUUUAGUGAUAUCUCUGAAAAACUUAUGGAGCGCAAUCGCCAGUAUCAAAAGCUUCAAGGCCUUUAUGAUAGCCUUAGGCUGCGAAAUAUCUCUAUUGCUAGCCAAGAAGGUUCCCUGGAACAAGCUACAAUUGCACAGUCUGGUGUCUUUGGCUUUCCAUUAGGGAACAGCUCAAAGUUUCAUCUGGACCGUACCCCAGUUGGAAGCCGAGGUGGUGGAGAUGAAGAUGUUCAGUUCAGACCGUUCUUUGUGGAUUCCCCCACCGUACCUGAACCCCUUAACAACUUCUUCAGCUUUACUUCUCAAAGCCAUGAGGCGGAGCAGCAGGUCUGCAGCAGGGCCUUUAAAGCAAAAAGAAUUUAGCUCCUCUCAUAUUUCUAGACUGUCUCUGUCUUCACAGUUUUACUCGAGAUAAAAGAAUUGGCAUUCCUGAGUUCUCUUCACAUUUUCAUCUUAGAAGAAGCUGGCUUGCAGCAGGGUGUGUGACUUCCUGUUUGGUUUCUUCAUUUUUUGCUUAGGGCAUAAGGAUUUCAUGAAUCUCAGUCUCCACAUUAGUUAUUGCUCAUACACACACACACACACACACACACACACACACACACACACACACACACACACACAGUCACAACAUUGUUGCAUAAACCCGUUUCAGACCAAGCUGUGUUUAUGCUUCUGUAAGCACCCGUGUUAUAUUUACAUGGCGCUUUGGAUUCUAGUGUGUAUAUGUUAAGUGUGUGCAUUGAUUUUCUCUACUUGCCAGUAUAUUCAUGUAAAAAUUAUGGUCUGGAAAGUGGUGGCCAAAAAUGAUGGUCUUGGAAAAUGGUGGCGUGCUAUUUGCAUGCAUUGUACACAGUCGUGUAUUUUCAUUUGUGUUAGCUUGUUUUCCAAGUGUGUUGUGCCAGUGAAUGAAAGUGUAAUUGAUACAUACAUGCUCAGUUUCUAUUUAAAAAGAAUUUACACUGAUAAAAGUUAU